UUGUCUAUAGCUCGGUUUCUUGCGCUAUUACUCGUGUUUCAGCAUCGCCAUCAUCGCAAAAGGUCUCGUUCAAGGGGUCGUAGUCGGAGCCGCGAGAGAAAGUCCGGUCGAGUACAUAUAAAUCCAAACUUUACGAAUUUGGGACCGACAGCUACAUCGUUGCUAGAGACUAACAACAUUCUCGAAGCCGAAGUAGUAAAUCUGCGAAACGAGUUGAGCUGUACAAGUAUACGGAUCAGGGCGCUCGAGAAUGAGCUCAGCAAUGGUGCUGUUCUUCGUAGUAAUCUCGAGCAAGAAUUAUCCAUGUCUCGUCUCAAUUGUCAAAAACUGCAACAAGCUUCGACUAAGAGUUCACAGGUGAUUUCCUCUCUCAAAAAUGAAGUCGCUACGGUUCGCAAGGAGAAGGAGGCGGUCAUAGAGGUUCUGAAGCAGACAGAAAUGCACCUGUCGGCAAACACGGAACAGGUGUCAUUUCUGACGAAAAGAAAUGAGGUGCUAGGAAAGAAAUGCGAAGAGCUGGUGGAGAAAAAUCGUGUUUGCAGAGAAGAGAAAGACGAUGCCGCUCAGCUUGUCACGUCGAUGAAGAGAGAAGUCGAAAAUAUACAAUCGGCCCUCGACCUUCGAUUGGCAGAAUACAAAAGAAUGGAGGGGGAGCUUUCCGCAGCUCGUGAAAAGGAGCGUAUGUGGAAAGUGGAAAAGUUGGAGUGGGAAAGGAAAUUAGCUAAUAAGGAUUCCACAAUAGCAAAUGAAAGAAAACGAAUGGAAGAACAACGAAAACGUGAUAGGGCACAGCUAGCUGAAAUGGAGAAGAAGUUGAAAUGUGAGCAGCCUGGUUGGGAGUCUCAAUUAGGAGUGGAGGCUGUUUUCCAUGCCAUUGAAGUCAUCAAAAAAGAAUUCGCAGGCCAGAUCCAGCAGCUCACUGAACAGGUGAACCCAUUGAAAGAAAAAAGUUGCGCAUUUGCUGCCGCAUAUCAACUAGCUACUAGCCGUCCUCCUCGUAUAUUCAGUGCACCUCCCUUAUCAGAUGUACAUAUCCCCCUUACGUCUUCAAUAUCUUGCCCGGCUGCCCCGUGCUCAUCGGAUGAAUGUGUGCCAGUGAAAACAUCCAUAGCUGACGUUGAUGAGGCUGUUUUCCAUGCCAUUGAAGUCAUCAAAAAAGAAUUCGCAGGCCAGAUCCAGCAGCUCACUGAACAGGUGAACCCAUUGAAAGAAAAAAGUUGCGCAUUUGCUGCCGCAUAUCAACUAGCUACUAGCCGUCCUCCUCGUAUAUUCAGUGCACCUCCCUUAUCAGAUGUACAUAUCCCCCUUACGUCUUCAAUAUCUUGCCCGGCUGCCCCGUGCUCAUCGGAUGAAUGUGUGCCAGUGAAAACAUCCAUAGCUGACGUUGAUGUAAGUUGCAUCCUUUGCAGGGUUUAUCAGUACAAGAGGAGAGGGUGUCUCAUGUUACGGCCUCAUGUGAAAGCUGGAUGA